AUGACAGAAGCAAACAACCUGAGAGACGCCCGGAGAAGAAGAAGAAUCCUCCAACAAGGAUCCGACCGUCUUGCCUUCAUCCAGGGUCGGAUCCAAACCCUCCCUCCUCCCGAUCUGCCUCACGCCAACGACGAGGAGCAGGAGUAUCCGAAUUCCGUUUUGCAGAAUCACGUUGAUGCCGAAAUUUUGCCUGAAAAACAACACAGUGAAAGUGAGAUUUUAAGUUUCCCCAAUUCUGAAAUUGAACCUGAACAUGUACAAGAAUCACAACCUCUAUUUCAACCUCAACCACCAACAACACAUCAAGAUUCAUCUGAUGAAAUUUCCCAGCUCGAAGAACCUAGAAGUUUCGAUUUCAUAAGCCCUAGGGAUGUGACGAAUGCCGUUGAUGCCUCAAGAGGCUCUGAUGAAAGGUUGAGGAGGAGACGGAACAACGCCAGUGCCAGCGCCAGCGCUGAUUCUUCUGAUCAAUAUGCACAGCUUGCAAAAACAUUGGAAAUUGGAAUGGUGCUGAAGACUGUGGCUGAUGCUGUCUUCGUGGAUUGUGUUGUCUAUGCUAUUGUGCUCAUAUGCAGCCUUUCCCUUGUGCAUCACUGA